AUGGUGAAGAAGCGGAAGGCUAAGAACCAGGGCGGGGCUGGCGACAUGGACAUUGGCGACGCUGCCGUGACAUCCGCCGUGACAUCCACCGCGGGAGCCGCUAAGGACGUCGUGGCCGCAGGAUUUCCCUACGCUUCAGCCACCGAGGGAGGCGCCGCUGCAUCCGGCCAGGAGGCGGGAGGUCCGAUCGCUAGCGGCAAUGCAAUGGGCUUCCGCCCUUCACCUCCGCCACCCUUGCCCUUCCCAACCAACCCCUCCCCCCCCUUUCCCUCCCAUGUUUCCACCCUUGCCCCGCACGCUCUCCCUCUCCCCCUUCCCCCCGGAACUCCUCCCUGUUCCCUUUUCCCGCCAUGUGCGCCCCCUGUCACACAAGCCAGGCAGCCAACGGCAACGAAAGUCACCCCCCUUCACCUCCGUGCCCCCCUCUACAUACUCCCCUUCCCCCCUCCCCUCCCUCUACCCACCCCUCCUCUCUCUCCCCUGCCUCCUGUUCCCCCCUUUCCCUCCACAUCUCCCCUCCAACCCUCCCCACCCGCCUCACCCACCCUCCCUUCGGGCACAAACACGAGUGAGACGAUGGGGUUCACCGUGAUCAAGGAGUCGGCUGAUGCAGCUCGCAGCAUACCCGCGCUGCCCGGCAUGCGGAAGAAGGGGGCACCGGAGCGACGAGCCAAGACGAGGAAGAAGCAGAAGCUGCUUGAUAAGGCGCUUGCGAUCUGA